GCCACUGCUCUUCUUCUCGCCGUUUUCUUAUCAUGUCAUAUCACAGUUUUCACCAGACAUGUACCACCUUUUGCAUGCAACACCGUUGAAAAUCCAAACUUAAUGAACUUCUCGUUCUGUGAUUCUUCAUUACCUAUCGAAACAAGGGUCAACGACUUGAUUAGCAGACUCACAUUAGAAGAAAAGAUAAAUAACUUAGUGAGCAAUGCUAGUGGUGUCCCUCGUCUCGGAAUACCAGGAUACAAGUGGUGGUCCGAGGCUUUACACGGUGUUUCUAACGUUGGACCUGCCACUCAUUUUUCUAGAUUAGUCCCCGGAGCCACCAGCUUCCCUCAAGUAAUUCUAACUGCAUCUUCAUUUAAUAAAACCUUGUUCAAAACCAUUGGGAAAGUGGUUUCCACUGAAGCUAGAGCAAUGUAUAAUGCUGGGUUAGCAGGGUUAACCUAUUGGUCACCAAAUGUGAAUAUUUUUCGUGAUCCACGAUGGGGAAGAGGGCAAGAAACUCCUGGAGAAGACCCCGUUUUAACUAGUAAAUAUGCAGCAAAUUAUGUUCAAGGUCUACAAGAAAGAGAUGAUGGUGAUACAAAUCGUUUAAAAGUUGGAGCUUCUUGUAAACAUUACACUGCAUAUGAUGUAGAUAAGUGGGAAGGCGUUGAUCGAUACCAUUUUAAUGCCAUGGUAACAAGGCAAGAUAUGGAGGAUACAUUUCAACCUCCAUUCAAGAGCUGUGUUGUGGACGGAAAUGUUGCAAGUAUUAUGUGUUCUUAUAACAAAGUUAAUGGCAAGCCAACUUGUGGCGAUCCUGAUCUAUUGCAAGGUGUUAUUCGGGACCAGUGGCAUUUAAAUGGAUACAUUGGUUCGGAUUGUGAUUCGUUAGACAUCAUGUUCCAUUCCCAGCAUUGGGAACAAACCCCAGAAGAAAUUGCAGCGGAUGCAUUGAACGCUGGUUUGGACCUCAAUUGUGGGGAUUAUUUAAGAGUCAACACACUUGGUGCUGUAAAAGAUGGUUUAGUUGAAGAAUCGGUUGUUGAUAAGGCAGCUUCAAACAACUUUGCAACACUUAUGAGACUUGGGUUUUUUGAUGGUGACCCAAGAGAGCAAAUGUAUGGAGAACUUGGCCCGCAAGAUGUGUGCACUGAGGCUCACCAGGAGCUAGCCCGUGAAGCUGCUAGACAAGGAAUUGUGUUGCUCAAAAACAGCUUUGGGUCCUUGCCAUUAUCUCCAAAUGCCAUUCAGUCACUUGCAGUAAUCGGCCCAAAUGCUGAUGCCACAACAACCAUGCUUGGAAACUAUGCAGGGAUUCCAUGCCAAUAUACAACUCCACUACAAGGGUUAGCAAACUCAGUUGAGACUGUUUACCAUGCGGGCUGUAGUAACCCGAGAUGUGCUACUGCACAACUAGAAGAAGCAAGAGAAGUAGCUGCUGCAGCAGAUGCCGUGGUUCUAGUAAUGGGAACUGAUCUUUCGGUGGAGAACGAGGGUCGAGAUAGAACUAGUAUAAGCCUUCCAGGACAACAAAACCGUCUUAUUUCUGAGGUUGCUUCUGCAUCAAAAGGACCCGUGAUUCUUGUUAUAAUGUCGGGAGGUGGAAUGGAUAUUGAGUUUGCAAAGCAGAACCCGAAGAUUACUAGCAUCUUAUGGGUCGGGUUACCUGGCGAAGCUGGUGGAGCUGCUUUAGCUGAUAUCAUUUUCGGACGAUAUAAUCCAAGUGGAAGACUUCCCAUGACAUGGUAUCCACAAUCUUUUGCAGAAACGGUUAACAUGACCAACAUGAACAUGAGACCAGACCCAAGCACGGGUCACCCAGGUUAUACCUACCGAUUCUAUAGAGGCGAAACGGUUUAUCCUUUUGGAUACGGGCUAAGCUAUUCUAUUUUCAUUCAGCGGGUACUUAAACCACCAAAACACCUGCAUAUCUCAUUAGAUGAAGGUCAUGUUUGUCGUUCUUCUGAAUGUACAACAAUAGAGGUGGGUGAUCUUAAUUGCGAAGACUUGGCAUUUGAUAUUGUGAUUGGGGUAAGUAAUGUUGGGGAAAUGGAGGGAAGCUACAGCAUAUUGUUGUUCUCUUAUCCUCCUCAAGUGUUUCCAAAUGUUCCUCUAGUGCAAUUGGUGGAUUUUCAAAAGGUUUUCUUGGCUCCAAAAGAAACAACUUUUGUUAGAUACAAUGUGGACGCCUGUAGACAUUUGAGUGUUGUUGAUGAAGAUGGCAACAAAAAGGUCGCUUUGGGGGAGCAUGUUCUUCAUGUGGGAGAUGUUACACAUUCUUUAAAUCUCAGCAUUUAA